AUGAGCUACAAUCUCUGGCGCUCUUUCUUCGAAGAUGAUGUCGAUGCAUUUCGACAGUACCUGGCCAACGCCACUUUCUCCUCCGCGGCACCGAGAACCCCGGGCGCCGGACAAGUUGGUAGCGCGGCGUUGAAGAUAGGCAGCCCUGGAAAUCUCGCUGUCUCGCCAAAGACGCCUUUUAAGUUUCGAAAGAGCUCGGGAACUACACCUCUCAGCGCGACUCCUGGGAAAAAUGUCGCGCUGGUUCUCACGAGGGCGGAAGUGAAUACCAAGGACAGUUUUGGUCGGACAAUUCUUCAUCAUGCCGCGUCCUCACAGUCUGAUGAUGCCCUGGCCUUUGUCAAGGCCUUGUUGGAAAUGCCUUUCCUAGACCUCUACGCCCAAGAUUUGGAGAGUGGGUGGACACCCCUCCACCGUGCAUUGUACUUUGGCAAUAUUUCAGUGGCCCAUGCUCUGAUGGCUCGGGAUAUACAAAAUGCCACGGAUUACACAACCAAUGCGCAGCACUCCCUUGCCGGUGGACUGGUGAAAAUCAAAGAUCAUGAAGGCAACAGCCCUUUUGAGGUGUUUGGAUUGACUAUUGCUCCCCGUUCUCUUCAGCAAGAUUCCUCCACUCUCCCGCCUGGGAUCCGAGACGACGAUAGCAUCAACGGAGUGGACGACAGUGGUGAACACCAAGAUCAUGACCGAGCCAGGCGUCAUGUGACUCCCCUGAUAGAUCUUGCUGGUGAUGAAGUCUACGCCUUUGGUAGUAACAAAAACCUGUCACUGGGCUUGGGCGAUGGGGAUGAUAGGCAUUUCCCCGAGCGCCUUCACUUCGAGCGUCCCGACCACUUGUUACGUCGUCUUCUCGACGAUCAUCUUGCGGAACGACGCAAGUCGUGGGUUCACGAAGACCUAGCGGACAGUGUUGGGGAUCUCCAGUCACAUUCCGAUCUGCCAGCAAUCAUCCGUUAUCGUCCCAUCACGAUUCAGAACGUGGUCAUGUCAAAGCUACACACGGCGGUGUUGACCAGCGAUCCAAUAUCCAAUCUGUACAUUUGCGGGUAUGGACCUGGUGGCCGUCUGGGCACUGGUGACGAAAACACCAGUUUUACGUAUCGCUGCAUUCAAGCUGGUGGUCUGGCUAAACGACGCAUCUCGUCGAUAGCCCUUGGCCAAGACCAUUCCGUGGCUGUGUGCUCCCAGGGCGAGGUCUAUACAUGGGGAAGCAACCGCUUCGGACAGUUGGGAUAUGCACUUCCCGAGGUAUCCAAGAAUGAAGUCCCAACCCAAUUGAUUCCGCGCCAGCUUUUCGGUUAUAUCAAAAAGGAAGUUAUCAUUGGGGCCGCAGCAUCCGCUAUUCAUUCCGCAAUAUAUACGGCUUCUGCAAUGUACACGUUCGGCAAGAACGAGGGCCAACUGGGCUUGACCGAUGCAGAGGCGCGCUCUCUGGAAAUGCAAGUCUUACCGCGUCGUGUUGGUGUUUCGAUCUUGCAAUCUCCAAUUAAAUCAGUGAGCGCAAUCGACCGAGCUACAAUUGUUCUGCUCGAAAAUCACGAUGUAUUUGUCUUCACGCAUUAUGGCUGGACUAAGCUUACAUUCCCGCUGGAGACCUUCACAAACUACUAUAUGGGCAACAACCUUUCGACAAGAUUCAAUAUGGAAUCCAACUAUAUCAAACAGAUAACAAGUGGUGGCAAUACAAUUUGUGCAAUGUCUUCCUUCGGAGAAGUAUAUUCGAUUGAUGUUCCCAAGGUCCCGGAAACUGUACCAUCGAACAUGUCAACAACCAACCCUACCAAGGCACGCAAUGCUCUGCCUGCACCUUCGCGGCUCUGGUCCCUCCGCAAAGAUCAUAUGUCGGCCAUUGACGUUGCUGUGGGCCAGGAUGGGUCCAUAAUUCUCUGCACAGCAUCAGGCUCCGCCUGGCGCAAGGAAAAGCGUGCCAACAUCAAAACCGUACGGGAUACAAAGUUGAGUCCAGGACGGCCGAAAGACUACAAGUUCGUCCGUAUUCCCAAUCUGACUGGAGUUAUCGCUGUCAGGAGCAACGCCUUUGGGGCCUUUACAGCUGUGCGCAAGGAUGUCAGUACAACCCGCGAUCAGAUCGUGCUCGCACCACCAAGCUUGUGGAGAGAUGCUUUUCGCUUGUUGCCUUUUCGAGAAUACGGAGUGUCGCAGACGGUCCCUGUUGCAGAGGUCGACGCGUGCCACGUUGCUCAAGCAGUGAUCAGCAGAAGCUCGGCAGAAACGGACAUCCUCAAUAUGUGUCAGCGUCACGAACCACUUUCACAGAGUCAAUACGAUGUAUGGAUCACUUCUACCGUCACGGACGUACGGAUCCCUAUUCACUCCUUUAUGCUGAAAGGAAGAAGCCGGGUUAUGCGCACCGCGCUGGCCGAAGUGCAAGAGACGUAUUACUACUCAAUUCCUGAUGUCAUGUCAAUCGAAUACGGUCAAGACGGCCAGAUCCAAGUCUCCUUUCAAGGCGCAGACUUCCUGACUCUUAUGAACCUCGUUCUAUACUUAUACACUGACAACCUGGUCGAUGUAUGGCAUUAUACGUCCAAGGCAUUGCAGUCCGCUGCUCGCUUCAGGUCGGUACGCGUCGAGCUUAUGAAGAUUGCAAGUCAUCUCGAGAUGCGAAGUCUUGAACGUGCUGUACGAGUAAUGAUCAACCCCGCCCGCAGUCUGACGAACGACAUGGAGCUUGCAGUGGUGGAUCCCGAUUUCUUCUCGGACGCCGAUGUGAUUGUGGAACUCGCAGACGACGCCGAGCUGCCUGCACAUAGCGUCCUGCUGUGCAACCGAUGUCCCUUCUUCGACGGUCUGUUCAACGGGAGAGCUGGCGGCAUGUGGAUGGCUUCACGACGGAGUAACGCUGAAGAUCAGGCAGCCGCUGUACGUGUCGAUCUAAAGCACAUUGAUGAGAAGAUCUUCGUCAUGGUGCUCCGACACCUUUACGCUGACACUGGAGAAGAACUCUUUGACGACGUUGUCACUAGCAGUUUGGACGAAUUUGUUGAUAUCGUCAUUGAGUUAAUGUCAGUGGCCAACGAGCUCAUGCUGGAUCGACUCGCACAAAUCUGCCAGAAAACACUCGGCAGGCACGUCAAUCUCAGAAAUGUGUGCCCCAUGGUCAACAUCGUUGCAGAGUGUACAGUCGAUUCUUUCAAGAAUGCCGCACUCGAGUACAUUUGCCUGAACUUGGAAAGCAUGUUGGAGCUGAAGCUGCUGGACGACUUGGACGAAGAUCUGCUUGUUGAACUCGAUAAAGUCGUCCAAGCCAACCAGUUAGCCUUUCUCCCUUUUGCCCGAAGCAAUCGAGCUGCGACUGAGCUGUUGGAGAACUACCCAGAGCUGUUAGGUCAGAUUGAGGCUGGCCGGCAGACGAGGAUAGAUUCUAUGAGGCUAAGAUCAAGACUGAUUGAAGACGAGGGACGGUUUGCAGCAUCGAUGAGGUCGCGAUACGGAAGCCUGGAACGCGCGAGCUGCUCGCCCCACAACAAGAACUCCUUACCAACGCCCGUGGAUUCAUCACCACCUAGUACUCCAAGCCGCAGCCCUGCGAUCAAAGCAAACGACGCAGAGGAUGACCUCCCGUUCGACAUGGAUGGCGAGGACCCAGAGCUACCCCCAGCGUCGAAUAGCGAAAAGACCCUGCAUGCUCCCGGCAGAAAGGAUCUGUCUCUUGGGCGUGCCGCUUCUUCUGCAACAACAAAACUCCCCGUAAAUGAUUCACCCCCUUUGUUGACGAGGUCGCGGGAAGCAAUUUCCAGUUCGCUAAGGUUCAGUGAUGAAGACUCACCUGAGUCCGCUGUCAUUGGAACAGCUACCAAUGGUUUUGCGGCACAGAGAACUGCAUGGAGGGUUCCUACUCAAGGUGUCAAGAAAGACGGUCUCAAGGACAUUAUGGAGCAAGCCUCAGCUGCGCGAGUGUCGAAUUUGACUCAAGCAAUGCAGACUGCUUCAACGGGAUCAAAGGCAAAUACCAAAGUUUCACAGAAGGAACGCAAGCGGCAGCAACAACAAACCAAAGAGCAAAGUACCAACCCCUCGGGUCUUUCGGCCGUCAAAUCUACGACAAACAGUCCCUCUUCGCCAUGGCAGGCAAUUGCAAAGACUACCAAGCCCAAUUCCUCACCGACUGUAUUUGCACCAAUCGAGGCGGUCAAAGAGGCUGCUAUGAAGCAGCCAAUGACAAUGCGUCAGACCGUUGCCCGAGGCACCUCAACCACCGGUUCAUCCCCUAAGGGAUCAGCUGGUGCGGGACCUGCAAUCGGUCUCACAGCUCCUUCCAAGCCAGCAGCUCCGCAAAUCCAAUCGAUCCGUCAUACACCACUGCCAACGAGGGCCUCAGCGGUUGACGCACGCACAUCAAUGGCUGAGAUCUUGGCUCAACAGCAAAUAGAAAAGAUUGCGGUCAAGGAGGCGAUAGCGAAGAAGUCCCUUCAAGAGAUCCAGCAAGAGCAGGAGUUUCAGGAAUGGUGGGACAAUGAGAGUCGGCGAGUGCAGGAACAAGAAGCGCAGGCCAACGCGGCUGCUACCGCUCGUCGUGGAAAAGGCGGCCGUGCACGAGGGGGACAUCGUCGAGGGGGGCCACAGGGGAAAGCAUCGACAGUUAUUGAGGCUGGUGAGCAGCAGAAGAAAUCUUCAAUGGGCUCGGCCUCGGUGAGACAGGAAUCUGGAUCAGGACGAGGAAUUGGGCCAAGUAAUGGGCAGCGAGGCAGUGCCAGCAGUGCACGAGCCCGGGGUCAAGGGAAACCGCAGCAUUCUCAUCGAGGGGCAAGGCAUCAAUCAUGA